AGUCAAACAGACAGAUAUAGCUACAAAACCUGUUUCUCUCUUGUCUUCAAUCUUCAAUUCAGCUUUAUUUCUUUCUUGGUCGCGUUAAUUCAAUCACAAAAUCCACACUUUGCACUUACCAAUAUCAAGCAAGGUAGGCUUGUUAAUUGUUUCAGCCAUGCCCAUUCAUAAGGAAAUGGACUAUACUUAUCUAACUAACUUACUUCAAGAGUUCACUAGUAUUUCCAACAUUGACAAUGCAUGGCUUUUUAAGUCACAAGGGAAUCUGGGUUUGCAGGGAAUGUUUUCUAUUACCCAGCCAGAUCUUUUAGCAAACAUGAGGAGAAGAUUCAUCCUAUCAUGUAACAUUUUAAAAGAAAGUGACAAUUCUGUCAAGUUUCUGUGGGCUCCAUUUCCAAUAGAAAUGUCUGGCGUGUCUAUGAUUGUUCCAUCACCUUCUGGUUCAAAACUUUUAGUGAUUCGAAAUCCCGAGAAUGAAGCUCCUUCUCGGUUUGAGAUUUGGAGUUCAUCUCAAAUGGAGAAGGAGUUCCAUAUCCCUCAAUCACUGCAUGGCUCAGUAUAUAAUGAUGGAUGGUUUGAGGCUGUCUCUUGGAACAUGGAUGAAACAUUUAUAGCAUAUGUAGCAGAAGAGCCCUAUCCGGCAAAGCCCACAUUUAAUGAUGUGGGCUACAAGAAAGGUGAUUCUACAGACAAGGAUUUUGGUAGCUGGAAAGGUCAAGGGGACUGGGAGGAGGAUUGGGGAGAAACAUAUGCUGGAAAGAGACGGCCUGCGCUUUUUGUUAUCAACAUCAACAGUGGAGAGGCAAAAGCUGUCAAAGGAAUUGACAAAUCUUUGAGUGUUGGCCAAGUUGUGUGGGCUCCAUUUACCGAAGGCUCAGAACAGUACCUUGUUUUUGUUGGGUGGUCAUCUGAGACAAGAAAGCUUGGUAUGAAGUACUGCUCUAACAGGCCUUGUGCAUUAUAUGCUGUUAGAGCACCACAUCAUGAUUCAAAAUCUAAGGAACAAGAGCUCCACUCAACUGAAGAAUUUCAUACACUGAACCUUACUCAAACCAUAAGCAGUGCCCUCUUUCCGCGAUUCAGCCCAGAUGGAAAGUUCCUUGUGUUUUUAUCUGCUAGAAGUGCUGUGGAUUCUGGAGUGCACAAUGCUACAAAUUCACUUCAUAGAAUUGAUUGGACUGAUGGAAAACUGUACCAAUCUGCCAAAAUUUAUGAUAUUAUUCCUGUUGUUCUGUGUGCUGAGGAUGGUUGCUUCCCCGGGCUUUAUUGUAUGACUGUCCAUAAUAAUCCUUGGCUUUCUGACAACUGCACAAUGAUCAUAUCAUCCGUCUGGCACAGCAGUGAAGUUCUACUCUCUGUGAACGUGUUGAGUGGGGAAUUAUUGCAUAUCAGCCCAGCAGACUCAAAUUUUUCAUGGAAUCUUCUUAUGCUUGAUGGGAACAAUAUUGUUGCCAUUUCCAGAAGUCCAGUCGAUGUUCCUCAAAUCAAGUAUGGAAUGUUCAAUGAGAAGGCAAAGAGAAAUGCUACAUGGGGCUGGUCAAAUAUACCUAGUCCCAUAUUCAGAUGCUCUGACAAGGUUAGAUCUUUGCUGUCCUCUCUUCAGUGCAGUAUACUGAAGAUCUCAGUCAAGGAUGCUUGUGAUGGUCCAACAAAAGGUGCUACUAAACCUUUUGAAGCUAUAUUUGUGUCAUCAAAAACCAAGAAAAAGGAUGUAUUCGAUCCAUUAAUUGUGAUCCUUCAUGGAGGGCCACAGGAUGUCUCUUUGUCAUGCUUUUCAAAGUCUUUAGCCUUUCUAUCUUCAGUUGGAUACAGCUUGCUGAUUGUAAAUUAUAGAGGUUCAUUAGGAUUUGGUGAGGAAGCGUUGCAAUCUCUUCCAGGGAAAGUUGGGUCUCAGGAUGUCAAUGAUGUUCUCUCUGCCAUAGAUCAUGUCAUCAACUUGGGUCUUGCCAGUCCAUCCAAGAUUACGGUGAUGGGUAUUUCACAUGGUGGCUUUUUGACAACCCACUUGAUUGGCCAGGCACCGGAGAAGUUUGUAGCAGCAGCUGCAAUCAAUCCUGUUUGUAACUUUGCACUGAUGGUUGGUACAACUGAUAUUCCUGAUUGGUGCUAUGUAGAGACCUUUGGAACCAUUGCCAGAAAUUGCUUUACUAAAGCACCUUCAGCAGAAGAUUUGACUCUCUUUUAUAGCAAGUCUCCUAUUUCACACGCCUCAAAGGUAAAAGCACCAACACUUUUCCUGUUAGGUUCUCAAGAUCUUCGUGUUCCAAUUUUUGAUGGAUUGCAAUAUGCUAGGGCCUUAAAGGAGAAAGGUGUAGAGGUCAAAAUCAUCAUGUUUCAAAAUGACGUUCAUGCACUCAAAAGGCCACAGUCUGAAUUUGAAUGCUUCGUUAACAUCGGGGUGUGGUUCAACAAGUACUGCAAAUAAGUGGCCAGUUUGCCAUAAAGACUUCCUGAAUAUUCAAGAAAUGGAAAGAGGAUUGACUGCAAUGAGUAGAUGAGCCUCUACUAUAUAUCCAUCAGAACCAAAUUGAACCAUUUAUAAUACAGCAUUAUGUUCAUUUACAAUUCACUUUAGUAUUCAAAUUGAACCAUUUAGUAUUCAACAUAUGUAUAGUUCCAUAUUAAAUCUUUACUGUUUUUGACUAUUUAUAGGAUUCAAUCAUACACUUGGUUGAAUAUUGUUCUGUCCUUGAGACAGAGA